AUGGCAUCCCACUCCUCAAUCUCACCCGAAGACCCCGUCUUCUCCUACUCCCAAUUCGCCUGCAUCGGCAGCGGCUUCUCUGCCAUCGCCCUCGGCGCCACCCUGCAGCGCUGGUACGGCAUCACCGACAUCCGCUUCUUCGAGAAGCAGUCCCAGCUCGGCGGCACCUGGCACAUCAACCAGUACCCGGGCUGCGCAUGCGACAUACCCUCAGCGCUCUACUCGCUCUCGUUCGAGUGUAAUCCCAACUGGACGCGCGUACUGCCCACCUACGCCGAGCUGUGGGAGUAUAUCAGCCGCGUGGCGCGCAAGUAUGACUUGGUCGACAAGAUGACGUUCGGCGCCGCGGUGGAGCGCUGCGUCUGGAUCGAGGAGAGGGGAAGGUGGAGGAUGUGGAUCAGGCAGAAACAGACGGGCCAGGUGAUUGUGCACGAGUGCCAGUUUUUAUAUGGUGCUGUUGGACUCUUUGAUCAGCCGCGGGAGUUGGAGAUCCCAGGGGCGGAAAGAUUCCAAGGACCCAUGUUUCACUCGGCGAGGUGGCGGCAUGAUGUCGAUCUGACGGGGAAAAGGGUGGUGGUGUUCGGCAACGGAUGCACGGGGUCGCAGAUCGUGCCGGCCAUCGUGGACAAAACAAAGAGCUUGACGCAGGUGGUGCGGUCCAAGCAUUGGGUGUAUCCGCCCAUUGACGAGAAGGUGCCGUUCUGGCUAAUGUUCACGUUGGCCAACGUCCCCGGCACGAUGCAGCUCCAACGAUUCCUAACGUUCAUCAAGAUGGAGGUGGAAUUCAUUGGAUUUGGGGACGGGAAAUUUGCCAAGGCGUUCCGGAAGAAGAGGCAGAGGAAGGUGGAAGCCUACAUGCGGGCGAUGGCACCGGAGAAGUAUCAUGACCUGUUGAUCCCGGACUUUGAGGUCGGCUGUAAGAGGAGGAUAUUCGACUCUGGGUACCUGAAGAGCCUGCACAACGAGCAUCUGAGGCUGACAGAUGAGGCGGUGGAGGAGAUUUUGCCGCAUGGACUGAAAAUGAAGAGCGGUGAGAUCAUCGAGGCCGAUGUCAUCGUCAUGGCCAAUGGCUUCAAGACAAACGAGUUCUUCCUCGACUGCGAGAUUGUCGGUCGUGGGGGAGAGACCAUCCAUCAACAUUGGAAGUCGUUUGGCGGCGCUGAGGCGUACAACUGUGAAAGUCUCAGCGGAUUUCCCAACUUUUUCCUGCUGGGAGGCCCAAACGUGGCAACAGGCCACACCUCGUUCCUCAUCGCCGUCGAAAACGCCAUCAACUACUCGCUGCGAAUCAUCGAGCCGCUUCUUAAAGGCAAGGGAAGCGUGGCCGAAGUGAAGCGCGAAUCAGAAGAGAAGUACGUCCAAACGUUGCACCACACCCUACAGGACACCGUUUUCUCCACCGGAUGCAGCAGCUGGUAUAAUCGUACCGUGGACGGCAAGAAACCGUGGAACGCUUCGGCCUACCCGUGGUCCCAAGCCCACCACUGGUACUCAUGGCCAAACGGGAAAGAACAAGAUCGUCAAACAAAGUCACACUCUGUCCCGAUUGUUGACUCUCACGGCCUUUACUCUGGGGAUGGUAUUUUGGUCAAAGAGAAAUCCUAA